AUGGAUCCGCAAGCCGCAAUGCACGCUGCCCAGCAGCAGGCAGCCCACCAAGCCCAGCAAGCUCAGCAACAAGCCCAACUUGCCGGUCAAGGUCAGACCGGAGCAGAAGCAGGCGCACCGACCGGAGCGGGUCCAGAUGUUCAGAUGCACCAGAUUGGAGCGAGUGAUGGUGUGCAGCAAGGACAGCCCCAGGUAGUUCUCGCAGAUCCGAGUCAGGUUGCUGCAUUGAUCCAAGCGGCCAGCCAGGCAGCACAUAGUGCAGCACAGGCGGUGCAACAAAUGUCCUCCGCUACGCAGCGUGCUGCAAGCGACAGGCAGUUUGCUGGCUACAGUGAUGCAUCAAAGGUGUUGCGUUAUCCUGAAGGUUUUGGGGGAAAUGAUUCACAUGAGAGUGACGUUGCCAAAUGGCAAGAGUUCGCUCAUUCCUUCAAAUCAUGGCUUAUCUAUGCAGAACCUGAAUACGGUGAGGAGCUUGCCACCAUAGAGACCAGUCCGCAUGUGGUGGUGACCAUCGCUGACAUGGUUGAGUCAACCAAGCCCCGUGCCCGACGCCUUUACGCGAUCCUUUCAGGGUUGCUCAAGGGUCGCCCGCUUGUCAUGUUAAGAUCCAUACCUGAGCAGAACGGCUUCGAGCUGUGGAGGCAGCUGCAGUCGGUAUACGGUGGCAAACAUGGUAAGUAUGGUAAGCACGGCAAGUAUGGGGAUGGUAAAAAUGGCAAAAAGGGCAGAGGCAGCAAAGGUGGCAGGGGUCAAUGGGGUGCAGGCAAACGAGGCGCGCAAGCCUACACCAUGGAUGACGAUGAUCGAGUGAAUCUCACGAUUUAUGACCUUUCAGAGGGUGAUCUUGAGUCCGGAAUGCAAGAUGAGGUGGCAGCAGGCUACUGGCCCGAUGAUUGUGCAAUUCGCAUGUUGACGUGUCAGCAUCAGCAUGUGCGAGAAGUGCCUGAGGUGUUGCAGUCAGGGAAUGUGGACAUCAUACUGGACUCUGGAGCAGAUGUCUCUGCUCUUCCCUUGUCCUUCGCAAAUGCAGGAGUGUCCGAUCCCCAUGCCCGAUCCGUCCAGUACACUGAUGCACAGGGUCAUCCCCUACGCGUGCAAGACACGAGGAUUGCUGAAGUCACCAUAGGACCACUGAAGUUCUACGAGAGGUUCGUGGUGUCAGGGGUUACCAGUCCUUUGGUUUGCCUAGGGAAGCUUGCGAAGGCUGGAUGGUUCGUGAAGCCUGAGAGUGAAGGCAUUUGCUUGACGGAUGCAAGUACGAGCAUUCCGAUUGGGUACAGGCAUCAGUCGUUCUGUGCACAAGGUUCCAUCCGCUUGCUGAGUCAGAGCGAGGCGAAAGGCUUGAGUUGCAAGGCCACCGGUGGAGCCAUGAAUCGUGUUCGAGGCUCAAUGCGAGGCAUGCCUAGUGGAGAAGGUGUUGCACUGUGUGAUCCCCAGGGAUCAAGCUCCACUCAGUCCCCGUGCUUCAGGACACCAGCAGGUGUUGAAAUACCCAAUGGAGGAGGUGUUGCAGUGUGUGAUCCGCAGGGAUCAAGCUCCACUCAGUCCGUCUGCCCUAUUUCCAAUACAACUGACAUCACCGUGUGUGCAUCAGGUCCAAGCAUUCGUGCAGUUGAGGUCACAUUGCAGGAGGGCCUCACAUCAAUGGAUGCAAGGCGGGGAUGGACUCGUGUUGGCCCUGAGUGCUACGUACUGAAGUCGCAUGCCAAUAAUUUCGUUGACACCACACUGGCCCCGUUCACUGAAGUGCUUUGGAAGCGUACAACCUUGUGUGAGAGAGCAGGCAAGUGGUUUCUUGAAGAAUACGCAGAAGAUGUGGGAUCGUUAGCUGCUAAUGGGGGUCUGGCUGGGCCAGUUUCUGACCCGCGCACGGUGCGCAGCAUGCUAACGUUCGCCUACAAUGAUGCAUCACUCACUUUGAGUCAGCUUGGAUUUGACACGGUGCAAGCUGAAGCGUCUGAUGGUCAGAUCGCACCUGAGGGUGAUGCGCAUGAUGUCCCGAUGGAUCCGGAACAUGCUGAGGCGCCAGUUGAGGAUCGUGCAGUUGGAUUGCCGCCAGACACGUUGCUGAUCGAGGGUGUUCAAGUGGACAGCAACUCAUCCUUGAUUGUUCUGCGUGCAGCCUGUGAGAGCCUGGGGCUCAGUAAGACAGGUAACAGGGGACAAUGCUGGAAGCGGCUCUGCAAUCAUGUGCAUAGCCAGGAUCUAUUGCUAGACAAGCAUGUUGAGCACAAUUUGUCAACAUCCCGUGAGCGCAAUGCAUCAGCCCCGACUGCGCCACAUGAACCGUCUGCGUCAGAGCGAGAUCAACACUCGCUCACUCAUGAGCCAUAUCAGCCUUGGUGUGAAGUUUGCUUGAAGCAUCGUGCAAGGCAGGAUGCCCAUGUGACAGGCAACCAUUCGAAUGCCCCGAAUGCAGUGGUGAGCUUUGAUUUUGGAUACCUGAGCCGGAAGGGCGACAAUGUCCUCAGCAGUGUGCCUGACGAUGGUGAGUCAAAGCUCACCGUGCUGUUUGGGCAGGACCGUGCUAGCAAGGCUGUGUUUGCGGUUCCCACACCCAAGAAGGGAGGAUCAUCUUUGUCCUUCUUGGUUACCGAGGCGGCUCGCUUCGUGUGUUGGCUGGGCCACAGUGAUGUGCGGAUUAGAUCCGACAACGAACCUGCGAUGCUGAGCUUCGUUCACCACUUGCAGAAAGCCCUCAGAGGUUUGAACAUUGGCGUAUCCGAUGAAACGAGCCCCAUUGAAAGUCACCAAAGCAAUGGAGCCGUUGAGCAAGCAUUGAAGCAAGUGCGUCAGACUGCAUGUGUGCUUGUGUCACAGCUUGAAGAGGGUGCAGGAGUUGGCGAAGUCUUCAAGGUUGCCCAUCCGAUCUUCCAGUGGAGUGUUGUGCAUGCCUGUUGGGUCAUGAAUCGGUUCAGAGUGAUCCAGAACCAAACGGCUUUUGAGCAUGUGACUUCAGGCACGUACAAAGGGAAGAUAUGCAAGUAUGGCGAGCAAGUGUACGGAUAUCUUCAGUCAGAUGCCAAAGCUUCCGCACGAUGGGUCAAAGGAGUGUGGCUUGGAAAGUCAAGCCGAAACGACGUCCACAUCAUCGGCACAUCGCAAGGCGUGUAUGUGACCCGGAGCGUUCGCAGGCUCAGUCCUAAGGACCAUUGGAACGUUGAGCUUGCGUCAAGUGUUGAGACAGACGUCUGGGAGCAUGGGUUGAGUAGCUUGGGUUCUAGGUUAGUGCUUGCAAAGAGGAUUGCACCUCCAGUGCCCGAGCAAAUUGCCUUGCCUGAUGCCAUUGCCCCCGUUCCAAUCGUCCCAGCAUCGCCACAGGAUGUCGCAGCAUCUGAUCCCACCAGCUCAUCAGCGGCUUCAACGGUUGGAGCGAGUGAUGUGACCAUGGAUUCAUUCGCCACGGCCGUAGCGCAUUCCCAUGCGCCAAGCAUGCGUGAUGGUGUGAAUGAAGUGGUGCCGGGAAACCUGGAGCCAUCGCCGCCAGCCCAUGGCGGGGUAGUGUCAAGGUUGAUAUGCUUGCCCGACUUGCCCUCUGUGUGCCGCGUUGCUGACCAACCCUGGUCAGAUGGUCAAAAGAACAUGGUGUAUGAGCAUGAGGAUGAGAGCCCUGAGCUGUGUUUUGAUGAAGACAUCAUCGAAUCCUUGGAGGAGGCUGAGUUCGCCGAUGAGCCACAGGAUGAUGCGUCAGUUGAACUGAGUGAGCUAGAGCAAAAGCUCAUAUUUCCACGAGAAAGUGACGACGAGCCGAGCAUGUUGCCAGAUGAGCUCGCAGCAUUGGAUGCAGUUGCUGAAACCGUGGAGAUACUGAGGUUGCAGAAGCUUGGUGUUCUCUUGAACCCUGAGUGCCUGGGGCACUUGCCGCAUGAUCAAGUGAAAAGGCUCUCGACCCGCAUGGUGUAUGACUGGAGAGCAAAGCAGGUUGAGGGUGCAAAAGUGUGGUUGAGGCGUGCCCGCUAUGUAGCCCGAGAGUAUGCCUGGCUUUCGGAAAGGUCCGACACCUUUGCACCUGCUUCAAGUUCCAUGUUGCAUAGGUUGUUGCCAAUCUUGUUUGCCACAAGUGAUCGGCCGGGGAAGUGUUUGGUAGCCAUAGACAUAUCAGAUGCGUUUUUAACGGUGGAUCAAGUAACACCUACGCUGGUGACGCAUCGUGCCCCCGACGGUACCGAAACCGUCUACGCCUUGGGAAAGGUGCUACCCGGUCAACAGGACGGCAGCGAGAGGUGGUACACUGACUUCACGAAGUUCCUAGAAAGCCAAUUGGGGAUUGAGGCGUGUGAAGCGUAUCCCACCUUGUUGCGAAGUCCCAAUCUGGAGAGCGUGUUGCAAGUGCACGUAGACGAUGUGCUGGCGUUCACUGACACCGUGUAUGCAGAGAAAGUUCUGAAGCCUGCCUUGUUGAGCAAGUACAAGAUCAAGUUCGAGAUGUUGUGCGAUCCUGGGGAUUGCAUUGAAUUCUUGAAGCGGAAGUUGCAUCUGAUCGGGCCGGAUCAGUUGCUGAUCACACCGCAUCCCAAGUAUCUUGAACGCCUGUGUGAGUUGCUGCAAAUUCGCACUCAAGCCAUCAAGAAGACACCCAUGUUGCCAGAUCUUGAAAAGCUGGAUCCCACGCCAGUCCUGGAUCCAGUCAGCACGAAAGUCUACAGGAGUGCCGUGGGAAUACUCUUGUAUCUCGCCCAUGAUCUGGCAGAAUGCCAGUGCACGAUAAACAUGUUGGCUUCGAAGAUGUCGUGCCCGACACAAAUGAGCAUGAAAGGCUUGCGUCACCUUGUGUUGUACAUGCAGGGAACAUGCAAUGAAGGCAUCAUGCUGAGCAAGAAGGAGCAUGGUGUUGGCUUGAUCGGGGAGCAGCAUGGUGUUGCGCCUCUUCUUGAGUCGUUCUCAGAUGCCAAUUGCAAGCAACCAGGUGACACGCAAGUCGAUAUCAUCAGGGGUCCUGGCAGUCAACGGAAAUGUCUUGAGCACCAGCUCCAGGCCGGAGCAUAUGUCGGUGAAAGCGAGUAUGCCGACCACAUCCAGCGUGACGCAGCACGAAUGGCAGUGCGUAGGAUCAAGCAGUCUGGUGGGUCAGGUGUCUCCAAGCAGAUGAUUCGCCAGAUAGUCAUCGCCACAUUGUGCAUCGAGCAUGCAGCGGCUGCAUGUGAGUCAGACGUCUUGGGCCCAUGCCAUGGUACGACCCGGAUGAGUUUGAUGGUUUUUGUGGUGACAGCAGUGGCUGUUGCAUGCAGUCUGCAAGGCUGCUACAGCCGUGAGCAGUUCGCGUCAUUGUGGAUUACCAUCAACGUGCCCCAAAUCCUUUUGAGUGCAAUUUUCUUGCUGAUUAAUAGGCUUUUGGGUAUUGUCCUUGAUACCGAUGCUUUUACUUGCCUGGUGCAGCGCGUGACCUCAAUCGCUCAGCCUGAGUCUGAACCCACAAGCCCGAGUGGUUCAAUGCCCAGUCUUGAAACAGUGUCGUCAGAGGAAGAAGAUAUUGCAGAUGCUCAUGAUGAGAAUGGUUCAGAGCACAGCCAAGAGCCAGCCGCGCUCCGUGCGUUUGAACCAGAGCCCCUGGAUGGAGACUUCGAGGGAGUCGAGACCGAACCUGCUAUGCUGGCAGGAGAUAUCGAGGACAUCGUGAUUCCGGACGAUCAGAUGGAGCUGCAAGUCGUUGUGCAUUUGCCCGCGUUCCUACGAUUAGAAGGUGGCAUGGUGUGGUAUGUAGCACCAAUUAGUGGCCCGUCACCAUGCGACGCGCUCUGCCGGCAUGCCUCCCUGUAUUUCCGACUUCCUCCCCUGGUCGAUGCUGUUUCACUGUCAACGUGUUCGGCGGCUGAAAGUGUGCCUUACCGGAGUGCCUGGAGUUUUAAGCACUGUUUGGUGGGUGGUCGCCGGGAGUGCCUGGAGUUUCAAGCACUGUUUAGUGGGUGGUCGCUGGGUCUCCUGACGAUCUGGGGCCUAGUGGGCCUGACGCCGGGCGUGCUAUCCCUGGUCCUCGAUAAGCGGUUGGCGCUUUUCGGGUCCACUUGUCCAAAUGUCCAUUUGUCCAAGUGCCUGGAGUGGAUGUUGUGGGUCAUGCUUGGCCCCAGAGUGAUUCCUUGGCUUGUCGUGCACGAGGACCCAUGCUUUGAGAUUGUUGACACGACUUGGGACCCGCACGCUGCUGGAGUCAAUAAAUCGAGUGAUGUGGUCUGGGACAUGGGCAGCAUGAAUGUUCUGGCGCACGUGGUGGCAGCCAGAGGUCUUGUCACGCGGGAGUACCUUGCUGCCUGCGUGCCGCAGGUGCGGUAUAAGGAUGGUACCGAGCAGGUCUAUCGCGAUGCAGAUUGGAGAUCUCUUGAGGAUCCGGAUGCUGCAUUGUCUGGUGAUUGGACGGGCACCACUGAGUGUGCAUUGUAUCCGGCUAGCGGACAGCUAGAAGCCGGCGCGAAACGCACGCGCGAACGCACGCGUCCGCAAGAUGCAUUGCCUUCUUCGCCCCGCGAGAGUGUUCCGAGCCGAGGGACCGAGAAAGCAUCAAAGAAAGUUCGCAUUGUCUCGAAACAGCCGGAGAAACCGCAAUCCGCGACUCGUCCUGCCCCUGCGACAUUGGAACAAGUGUCUCGCGGAGUGCAUUGCUUGGAAGGGGCUGCUUGUCCUUACAAAGUUCAUGCCACGUACUUCCGCCAGCCUGCCGGGUACAAAGCGGGGACCCUGUUGCUGACGGCCGUGGGAGAUCACAGUACCCACGACGGGUGCGCUCGAAGCGGAAAGAUUUUCACCCCCGAGCAAGACAGUGUUGCUCAAACUUUCUUGCGCGCCGGUGGCCGCUGUCCCAAGCUUCUGCUGCGCAAGUUGCAGGACGAGCUCUCACAGUGGAACCGGGUGCCUGAAGCCGUGACGGACUUGUAUACAUUCGCAGAUCACAUUCGCUUGGACCCGCUGGAGAUAUUUGUGCCGUUUGCUUGCCAAGGUAUGUCGCAAGUCAUGAAGCGGUGGUGCGGUUCCGAGGUGUGCUUGGUUGUGGAUGUCAAAAUGAAAGUUCUGGAGCGUGGUCGAGGCAUUGCAACUGCAAGUUUGCUCACCAAGACAGGCCUGCGGAACACCCGGUUGGGAGAAGGUCGCAAACAGGGCAAGGCCUGCGCGUCACGACCCUUUCCUCUCCUGCAGGCCAUUGUGGGCUCCGAGUCGCAUGAAGUCAUCUCAUCCUUCUUCAACCUUCUGUGUACUGUGUGGGAUACGCAUGCAACGCAUUGCGUGCCACUGCGGGACCAUGUGGUGCAAGUCCACAAAGAUUUUGCGCCAGGCUUAGAGUCUGCGCGUAAAGCCUGUUUCCCUUGCAGUCGCCCGUGUGAUGACUAUUAUCACUUUAGGCAGAAGCACCUUGAGCUCGACAGUCGUUUGUCGCACACUGCGUUGGUAGCAGGCAGAUUUCAGAAGGCUCAUCUUGGGUGGCUGCAAGCCGUUUUAGGAUCCCUGCGGCUUCUACCUCGCGCCUCCGUCUUUGACGCCUGCUGGCGAGGACUGCUAGCCCGUCUCACAUCCAUGGGCGAAUGCACUGUGGCUGCGUACUUGGACAACACGUACACCGCUGCAGUGCCACAGGCUCUCUUGCGCCACGAGCACGAAUACUUGCCACAUCAUCGGUUUGCAGGUUGGUGGGUCGGAUGUCGGGGCAUUGUUUCGGGCACUGGCUGCGGCAGUAACCCUGCAGAAGCCAUUCACAGUGCAUGGCAGUCGAAACUCGAGUCCGUGGGUGGGCGUGCACCGUUGGGUGAAGUCCUUGGAGUAAUGCAAAACCUGUAUGCUGACCAUUGGUUAGACUCCUUUGAUUGGAACUCCGACACUGCGCUGCACUUGCAAAGCGUGGAUGUUGAUCCCACACAUCUGCACGGUGUGCAGACUCUCAGUGCCGUUCACCGUUCCGCCGCGACGGAGCUGUUUCGUAGCCACUCUGAGCUCAGCCCUUCCUUCCAUAUUUACGACAUUGAAACGGAUGCUCUGUCCGUUGUCGCAGUUCGUAUGUUUUGUUAUGCUCCCGUACUCGCUGAGGACAUGGCGCAGCUUGGUGUGCAGCUUCUAGUCUGCUCGCCUCACCAGGUGAAGCAUUUUUUGCAAGAGGCUGGUGUCCUGCGCUGUGCAGGGGCAGCUUCGGAGUGGGAGUUUCAAUAUGGUCCGUGCAAGAAGCUCUUUGACAAUAUCGCUUACGUGACCGUUGAGCCUGCGCGGCUAUCUUGCACGUGUUUGCCUUAUGCUCUGUGGGGCGGCUGCGAGCACAUCCUGCUUUGUCGUGGGCUGACGUUCUCGCACCGUAAGGCCGAUCUCGGCUUGGAGAAUGUGCGUAUCAGCAAGCCUCGUGGCCGCCCUCCCGGCGUGGCGGUCGAAGUGGCUGGCAACGUGCCCAGCAACCUGCCGCCUCUGCGCGAAGCAACGGUCGGGUUAUGGGAGGAGUGCCGCCCGAAGCUUCACGUCGCGGCCUUGGCUUUAUGUCCUGCUGACGUUGGUGCAAUUGGACGUGGAUUAGGCAGCUCGGCAAGCAAGGUCGAGGUCCAGGAACCUAUUGCUUUUGGUAGAACUGGCUUCCGGCAGCGGAAGACCGUUCAGACGCAUGCUGCGACGGUGGAGAUGCAAACGCACCUCUUGCAGAUGGUCAAGGCAGUGGACUUAAUUUCGUUCUCAGAUGUGAUGCCAAGUGGGAGGAUGUACGUGCAGCGCACCUGGAUGCGUCUCUUUGCCGAGCUCUUCCCGAGGGAUGGUUUUUUGGAAAACUUGCGCAGACACCCAGAACCUCGCAAUAUUGAGGACGUCGGCCCCUAUGAGCGCACUGAAGGGCGGGUGCAGAAAGUCAUCCCAGUUUCCAACGGGGCCGCUUUCUUGGUCUUGAUAGAGUUUCGUCUGGACAAAGAUGGGCCCCUACUCGGUCUUAGCGGAAUCAUAGACAGCUCCGAAGCCAUUGUGCGUGGUGAUCUGGCUUCUUUUUCGAUUGGCUGGCGGCGGGAUCGAGGCACGUGGGUACGCACGGCCGUCGCGAUUUCAAAGCAGCCGGACGUCUGA